AGCCGAGCCGAGCCGGCUAGAAAGGCGCGCUUUGGCAUGCAUGAAUGAAGCAUGGCGAAAGUAAAUACCCUUUUUUCUUACUUCACCAAGUCACCAAAAGUAAGUGACGCAAAGUGUGCAGAGAUAACACAGAAGGAACAUAAAGAGAUAACACAAAAGGAACAUAAAGCGGAGUGUCCGUAUGAGCUGUACGAUGUGGUAUGGGCAAAGUUGGAGGGUUACCCAUACUGGCCAGCUUUGGUCUGCUGCCCUCCCGACGAGAACCACUUUUUGGACGAUAGCAAGCGCAUCCAUGUGCAGUUCUUCGAUUCCCCCGUAUCUCGGAGCUGGAUAAAACUCAAGAGAGUCAAGUUAUUCACUGGACCCAAUCAAGUGGAGGUACCCAAAAUGAGGGAUCCAGUAUGGAAACAGGGUGUACAGGAUGCACACAAUGCUCUCACCAUGGAAAGAGAUAAGAGGCCCUCGCUGGUCGUCAUCUGUCAAGGUCAUAUGGAACGGGAAAGUGAUGAUGAGAUGCCCAAAGCCAAGAAGCGUCGAAUUGCAUCAGAGAGUGAAGACUCGGACGAGGAAUACAACCCGGACAACAACAUAGAUUCACCCAUCAAGGUACAAAUGCGGGGAAAGAGAAGAAGAGAAGAGGUGGGUGAGACAUGGGCUCACCUGGGCUACGACUUCUUGAAAGAGCGACGUGAUGGCCACGGGCGGUUGGCAGACCAUCCAGAAUUUGAGGCCAACACCUUGAGAGUGCCAGAGAGCUUCAAGAAAAGCCUUACACCGGCCAUGAAGCAGUGGUGGGACUUGAAAUGUGAGCACUUUGAUGUGGUCCUCUUCUUCAAAGUAGGGAAAUUUUACGAGUUAUAUCACAUGGAUGCCGUCAUUGGAGUGGAGCAGUUGGGCCUGGUCUACAUGAAGGGUGAAUUUGCUCAUUGCGGAUUUCCAGAGAUAUCGUAUGGACGUUACUCUGAGAGCCUCAUCCAGAAGGGGUACAAGGUGGCACGUGUGGAACAAACGGAGACACCUCAGCUUAUGGAAGAACGCUGCAGAAAAAUGCACAAAGUGAGCAAGUUUGACAAGGUGGUGAAGCGUGAGAUUUGCCGCAUCACUUCCCUCGGAACUCGUCUCUUUGGUGUCCAGGAUGGCCAGGGAUGUCAGAGUGACACGCCUACCUAUCUGUUAGCCUUUGCUGAAAAGAGUUUGGAAGUGAGUGGCAGUGGAGAAAGUGAGUUUGGCAUCUGCUUUGUGGACACAUCUGUAGGAACAUUUCAUAUGGGUCAGUUCCAUGACGACCGCUACUGUUCCAAGUUUCGGACAAUGAUUUCUCAUCAUCGCCCCGUUCAGGUGUUGUAUGAGAAGGGACAAGUGACAAGGAAGGUAGAGCAGAUCCUGGAAGGAGCUCUCUCUGCAGUACUCAAGGAGCCACUGUGUCCUCGGAAGCAAUUCUGGGACAUUCCCAAGACGCUACAGUUCCUUAGGGAAGGACGUUACUUUGAGGCAGAAGGCUACCCAACUCAUCUUCUCGAGUUCCUCAAUGAAGGCGACAAGAUGACUGCAAAGGAUGACUGUCAUCUGGCUGUCAAAGCCCUGGGGGCUUGUGUUUGGUACCUUUCUGAUUGCCUCAUUGAGGAGGAGUUGCUGACUUUGAGAAAAUUUCGAGUUUACACACCCGAUGAAUCAGAAGCACACAACAUGAUCCUGGAUGGAGUUACCCUUGAAAACUUGGAAAUUCUCGCAAGUGCCAGUGGAACCCUGGAGGGCACGCUUGUUGACACUGUGGAUUUUUGCUGCACCCAUUUUGGAAAACGUUUGUUCCGUCAAUGGCUGUGCGCACCCCUCUGUCAUCCUGCGGAAAUAUAUGAGAGACAAGAAGCGGUGGAUGAUCUCCUGCGUGUCUAUGACCGGAUGAAUGAAACUCGCAAGUCACUCAAGACAUUGCCUGAUCUGGAAAGACUGCUGGCCAAGAUCCACACUCAAGGACUGGCCCGUAAAGAUCAUCCUGAGAGCCGUGCUGUCUUUUAUGAAGAUGCUACUUACAACAAGCGCAAAAUUGACAACUUGCUCCUGGCACUGCAUGGAUUCAAAGCGGCGCAGGAAGCCAUCAAGACCCUGCAAGAUGCUGGCUCGGGUUUUCGCUCGAGAGCGCUAAGCCGCUGUCUUGAGGGAGACUUUCCCGACAUGUCUGACACGCUGAGAUUCUUCGAUUCUGCCUUUGAUCAUGAGGAAGCUCGUCGAGACGGGAAAAUUAUUCCACGUGAUGGCAUCGACAACGAUUAUGAUGACGCCAUGAGCCGGAUCAAAGCGGCUACCAAAACUCUGGACGACUACCUGGUUGAGCAGCGGCGCCAUUUCCGCUGCAAGGUAACGUAUUUUGGCACUGGCAAGAAUCGCUUCCAGUUGGAGGUUCCUGAGUCAGCCCACAAGCUGGCAGAUGGCUCGUACGACCUUCAAGGACAACGCAAGGGUUAUCGGCGUUACUCCACGGCACGGUUGAAGGAACUCACUUGUGACCUGCAAUUGGCAGAAGAGGCCUCCGAGGCUGCGCUUAAAGACAUCAUGAGAAGGAUGUUUAACAAUUUUGACAAAAGGAGAAAGAUAUGGGAAGCAGCAGUGAGAUGCCUUUCUGUCCUGGAUUGCCUCUUGAGUCUAGCAGAGUAUAGUGCAUCUCUAGGAGACAUCGCGUGCACACCACGGAUCCUCACCUCUGGAAAACCUCGCCUCCACAUCAAGGCUGGAAGACAUCCCUGUCUACGAGGCUUUGUUCCUAAUGACAUUUUUCUGGGAGAUGUACGUAUGUACCUGGACACUGGGAUGGAGCUCUGGAUCCUUUCUUCCUUAUUUCAGUCGACUCUGGUACUCAUGACGGGGCCUAACAUGGGAGGAAAAUCAACACUCAUGAGACAGACGGGACUCACUGUUGUUUUAGCCCAAAUGGGUGCCAAAGUUCCAGCUGAAUCGUGUGAGCUCACUCCUGUUGAUAGAAUAUUCACGCGACUCGGAGCAAGAGAUAAGAUAGUAUCAGGGGAAAGUACCUUUUUCGUGGAAGUCAAUGAAACGUGUUCAAUCUUGAAGUAUGCAACUUGCCACUCUCUGGUGCUGCUGGACGAGCUUGGGAGAGGCACAUCCACGCACGAUGGGAUGGCCAUCGCGCACGCAGUCGUCAAAGAGCUCUCCCAACGUAUCUCUUGUCGCACUCUUUUCUCCACUCACUAUCACCACCUGGUGGAAGAGUUUGGACAAAUGCGCAACAUCUACCUGGGGCACAUGGCUUGCAUGGUAGAGAAUGAAAACGCGAAUGAUCCCACAGAAGAAACCAUUCAGUUCUUGUACAAGUUUGUUGGUGGUCCAUGUCCCAAGAGCUAUGGGUUCAACGCUGCAAAACUGGCAGGGAUCCAGGUCGAGAUUAUUAGGAAUGCCUUUCGUAAAUCCAAAGAGAUGGAGCGAGCAGUGCAAGAAAGGAGAGCUGUUUGAAUCAUCGCCUGAAGAAAUCUUUCACUCUGCCACCAACGAGAUUUCUGUUCCAUGUGAUUAUUUUCGCCACUGAAGCAAUAAAUAAACACCCGUAGUUUCUCGAUAAAUAUUUUAUACGAUGAAUCCCUUUA